AAAAUUUUUACUGGAUGGGCAACCCUCGGCAACAGCUGAUGUAGCAUUUAAGAACGAACACAAAAAAGUCGGAAAGGUGGAAUAAAUGCAUUUGGCUGGACAGCUGAUGUUGUAUUCUACCUGAAUGAGAUGUCCAAAUCCCUCUUCCGGUCACUAAUGAGUAAUAUCAUAAAAAUCACUCGCAAAAAAAGUUCAGGAAUUGGGCGUCCGACUGCCAACAAAAUGGAGCCCCGAUACGAUUACAACCGCCAAUGGACGCUGCAGCCGAAACUAGCGACGAAGCCGUUGUUCACUUUCAAGCUGAUUUCGUACAAUAUACUGGCCCAGGAUCUGUUGAUGCAGCACUUGUAUUUGUAUAUGAACCGACCAGAAGAACUGCUGACUUGGCGACAUCGGCUGCAGAAGCUGCAACGCGAGAUAAUCAAGCUGGAUCCCGACAUACUCUGUCUGCAGGAGAUGCAGUACGAUCAUCUGGCCAUGUUAGUGCAGCGUCUAACAGCCAACAGUGGCAAGCGACUGGAGUAUGUGUACAAAAAGAAGACAGGCAACCGCACGGACGGCUGUGCCAUUAUCUAUGACGCCACCAAGUUCAAGCUGAUUUCCCAACACGGAGUGGAGCUCUACGAUAUGAAUGUGCCACUUCUGGACCGUGAGAAUGUGGCUCUGCUGGCCAAGUUUCGAUUGAAGCAGUCGAGUCGUGAUAGGAAUGCUAAGGAGUCCCAGGAGGUUGUUGUAGCCACAACGCAUCUGUUAUUUAAUCCCCGACGAAGCGAUGUGCGAUGUGCCCAAGUGACAAAGCUGCUAAACGAGCUGCACAUCUUUGCCGCCAACUCUUCCAAAGAUUGCUCCUCCGACUCGAACAAGAAGCAAUCGCUCCCCGAUAGCUAUACUACGCCGGUUAUUCUCACCGGCGACUUUAACUCGGAAAUAGAUACACCUCCCAUGACAUUGAUUCGAUCUAAAGGAACUGACGACUCAUCUCUAAAUUUCAAGUUACUUAAUCCGGGGGACUACACUGCCUCCACUUACCAACACGAGUGGAUCACCGUCGACUACAUUAUGCACUCGGACUGUCCGAGAAGCAAGCAGAAGCUGGACGUGCUCAGCGUCUAUCUGCUGCCCAAAAUCCAUAGUUGUGCCAAUGCAGGCUACAUACCAAAUCACUACCUCGGCUCUGAUCACUACUCCUUGGGCGCUGUCUUUGCCCUCGUUCCGAAAUAAAGUGUGUUUCCCAAAUUAA